AUGACUAUCAAAUACCUCAUCACCGGCGCAACUGGCGGCCUCGGAAGCCAAGUCCUCGCCCACCUCGCUGCCAGCGUGCCCCAUUCCUCUCUCGCCGCUGCUUCAUCAAAGGAAUCCAACCGCGCCCAAUUCGAAGCACAAGGAAUCGCAUUUCGCGUGACCAAUUUCGACGACCCGGCAUCACUCGAAGCCGCAUUUGAUGGUGUCGAGAACUUGUUCUUUGUGAGCACGAAUACGUUUGAUAAUGAGCGGCGCACGAGACAACAUCGGAACGUGGUUGAGGCGGCCAAGAAAACGGGCGUGAAACAUACUUGGUAUACCUCGCUCGCAUUUGGCGGCUUGCGAUCCGAUUCCAAGAUUUCGGUGCAGCAGGCUCAUUUGGAGACUGAGAAGAUGCUGGAAAUAUCCGGAAUAACAUAUACAUCCAUCCGCGAAGGCAUCUACGCCGACGCAUUCCCCCUCUUCCUACAAUGGUAUCCCAGCACGGAAACCAUCUACAUCCCGGAAGACGGACAAAUCACAUACACCUCACGCGAAGAGCUCGGCGAAGCCAAUGCUAAACUGCUCCUCAAGGGCGGCCACGAGAAUGAGAUUGUGCUUUUGACUGCCAACGAGCCGCUGUCCGCAGUGGACAUUAUCCAGGUUAUCAAUGAAACCACCAACCGAAACGUGAAAUUGGAAAUUAUCCCGCCGGAAGAGUAUGUGCGCUAUAAUACCGAGAAUGACGAAGGAAAGAAGGCAGAGGGGUUCUGGAAAUCGCGUCUGUCCUGGUUUGAUGGGAUUGCAAAGGGGGAUGCGCAGGUGUCGAACCCGUUGAUGAAGGAGUUACUCGGCAGAGAGCCAAAGACGGGCAGUUUUAUCAUCCGUGAGAUUCUGAAGGAGAACCCGAAUUAUACGUGGCAUCAGAACUAUGUGGACCAGGAGCAGUACCGGGCGACGCUGCCUCGGAAAUAA